AUGGCGAGUCUUUGCGACAACAGCUACGUCAAGGCUUUCCACCUGGCCCAGGUGGGGUUCUUUGACUCGGCGAGGGCGCUUGCGCUAAGCUCAGGGAGCCAGAAUGGCUCAAACGAGGCUACUUUCCAGCAGCUCUUCACCCUGGCCGUCGUGGAGGGACUGGCGGGCGACUUUGUCGAACAGGGAAGGGUUCUGCGACGCUGCAGUCAGACCGCAAUCCAUAGCUCCAGCGAGCUUUUGCUUCUUCAGACAGCAUCCUCGAUCGUGGAGAUUCGCAUGGUCCAAGAUCUCGUCGGCAGCGCCGUCAGAGUCAAUCGCCUGUGGGCAGAGGCGAGUAGCCAGUCGCAUAACACGGGUGCAUCCUCCUCUCUGCUUCUUGGCGACGCCACGCUGCUGGAAGUCAAGCGGCAGCUGUGUCUUGCCUUUUUGCUUCUCCACACCACGCAGGAGCCGUUUGAACUCGUGCUGAGCCAGAGAGAAGCUGUGGACACCCUCAAAGAGCUGUCCCGUGCGCUUCUGGAAAGAGAUGCUGACUCGCUACACGUGGCGGCAACGGCCACUGCGAUCCGCUGGAGUCUCGGUCACUCGUCGAGUUCCUACAAAGUGCUUGCGAGAGAGGCGCAGGACCAGACCAUGGCGUUACGAUGGGAACUCAUGGCCCUGGAGAAGGAUGCCGAGGACGGCGUGAGGCUGGAUGACGACCAGAAAGACCCCGAGCGGUGGCAACAGCUCACGCAACUUUGUCGAAGCUCCUCCGUUGCCAGCGAUGUAUAUCAGAACAGGCUCGACCUUUUACUUUUCCAAGCCCGUUUCCAAAAUGGCCCGCAGGCGAGAGGCGAAGUGGAACAGGGCCAGAAUGAGCUGCGAGAGCUCAGACGACGCUUUGCGCGCGCUGGCUCCUAUCUCGAUGUCUGGGACACGUACCUGAUCGAGAUGAAGUCGCUUGCGCCCUUUCAGAACUUCGAGACGUCGGAAGCUGUCGUUCAGCGAGCGGUGGAUCUGUCGGAGACUCGCUGUGGGCCUGCCAUGAUGCUCGCCGUCUUGUCGAACAAGGCCGAUUGGUUCUACUCGCACGGCUGCCACUCUUCUGCCGAACGCCUGGCUCGCAGAGGCCUGCAAUUCGUUCACGGCCUCACCCAUUACCGGCUCAACUUCCUCCUCGCACUCUCGCAGGUUACGUCAGGAUGUGAGCAAAAGCGCAUCGCCGAAGAAUGCUUCGACCUUGCAAAACGAAUGGAAGAGACGCACUCAUCCCGGCGCCAGGCGGCUCGCAAUCUCGCAAUGGUCUAUGGUGCGGCGGAGGAAACUAGAGCGAGGGCAGAGGAGAUCCUCCACGAGCAGAUCACUGCCCAAGCCGAGGCUGGCUGCUACGACGGGAUAGCGGAUUUGCUGCAUGUCCUCUUCCUCUUUGCAUCCAAAGACCGGUCCUGUGACCAGAUGCGGAGCAUCGCACAGUACACGAAAGACCUGUCCCACAGUCGUCCGCAGCUUCUAGCUCUCGAAGCGGCUGGCAUGGAGGCAUCUCUAGCCUUGCAAGAGAAGAGAUUCGAGGACGCGAUGCUGGGCAACCUCCGAUGCUUGUCUCUGCUGGGCAAGCCAGCCAAAGCCCGGGAGAGCUGCGUGUAUAGAUUGAGCAUGGCGUCCUGUCUAGCUCUUCAAGGCCAAGUCUCGAAGGGGCUGGACGUCUUGGAAGACAGCUACCGUGAUUUCGCCUUGAUUGGCAAUUGGGAGGGGCAAGCGAGGGUGCGACUGUCUCAAAUCACCCUAGCCCGACCGCAGAUAAUUGCAGAUGAGGGGGUCUAUACGUCGGCCAGCGCGCUACUCCUCGAAGUGCAACAGCUGGUCGAUCUGAUGAGGCGAGACUACAACGCGCUACCACCUCCCGAAGCGCUGGUCAAGAAAUUGGCUUUGGCACCGCUCGCCAGCCGGCUCUACGAGUCUGGGAUCCUAAGCGCCCACAAACACGUCGGCAGCGGCCAACAGGAAGACUGUGAGGACGAUCAUCUGCUCUACUGGGUUCAGCAGUCGAAGAGCCGUCACUUUCUAUCUUCUGCUUCUCCGUCUACCUCCGCUCCUCUCUUUGCCUCCUCCUCCGCCACCACACCCUUAGACGACGGCUCUCCCUUGCCGUUUCACGAGACAGUUACGAGUUGGGCAACCCGAUUGUGGUCCUCCAUGCCCCCUGGUGCGACACUGGUGGAGUGGUACACGGUCCAAAACCAGUUGCACGUUGUCAUCUGCAAGACCGACCAGGAAGAUGCGAGACGGGAUCAAGGCCGGCUUGCCGCACCUGUCGUCCGACGCCGCCGCUUCCUUUACAACGACUACGACGCCCUGCAGCGACAGUUGAGCCUCGAGUUUGAAGAAGACAGGUGGUCUUCCAUCGAAGAGCCUCCUUCGCUCUCGAGAUUUGCUUUUUUGCUAAAAGGAGUCGAAGAGAUCAGCAGACCCGACGAGCUCGUCAUUCUGGCCCCCUUGCCGGGCAUGGCCAUCGCUCCGCUGCACGCAUUCAUCAUUGGGAAUGGUGAAGAAGCACAGCCGCUUCUGGCCAGAAAUCCCGUUUCUUACACGUUUGGACUUUCGAGGGACUUCCAAGUAGCUGAUCCCUUGCCUUCGAAUGCUACUACUACCACGACGAGCCCUCUACUUGUUGGGUAUCCUCACGGGGAGAGAUUCCUGGCGCAGUCAAAUUACAGGGAGCGCCUUGAGCAGCUCGCCCACAGCUGCUCUGCUCGGAUCCUGACGUCUAGGAACGCAUCACCGGACAAGGUGCGAGAGGAAACAAAGUCGGCCUCACUUCUAUACUUUCAGACACACGUUGCCAAGCCUUUCACACCUGAAGAUCCUCUCUCCGUAUCCAUGAAGCUCGCCGAGGGUCGCCUGACGGCUAGGGAAUGCAUGGAGCUUCCGUCGCCGGCCAAAGUCGUGGUGCUUGCCGGCUGCGCAAGCCUCCACGGCACCGCCAACGUCGUGGCGAUGCUAGGUUUUUCUGCCGCUUUCGCCUUGGCGGGAGCUGAUUCGGUAUUUGGAACGCUGGCAAGGAUCCACGAGGAAGACGCAACGGCCAUCGCCGAGCAGCUGCUUCCCUCUCUUCUUUCGGUUGCAGACGCCACCGAGAGAAGCCACGCCGAGAUUCUCCGUCGCGUCAUCCUCCAACACCGCCGGAGGGAGGGACGCUCGCAUCCCAGACACUGGGCCUCCUUUGUCUUGCACCGCACACGGUAA